AUGAGGACCAAACCUAUAUCUGUGUUCAUGGCCUUCGGUACCAAAGGCGACGUCUAUCCUAUUGCUGCCAUUGCUGCAGCUUUCGCUAGUGACCAGCAGCAAUACAAUGUGUUUCUGGUUACUCAUUCAGCACAUGAGGACUUAAGGGUGCAUUUGGCUGCAAAAAAUAUUGCAUAUAUUCCCGUUUCAUCACCACCGGUUCUUUCUCCUCAUGAAGACUGUGAUCCUACAGGUUUGGCAAAGUUGUCUUUUUCUCUUCAGAAAAGGGAAAUCACAAGAAAACACAGACAAGAAAUUGUUUCCACUGUUGAAGGGAUCUUCGGGGAAAGCCCAAGCAUGGAGGGUGAUUUUAUUGUGAUAAAUUUUUUUGCAUUGGAAGGUUGGAGCCUUGCUGAACUUUUCAAUGUUCGUUGUGUUGUUGCUGCUCCUUAUGUUGUUCCUUAUAGUGCCCCUUCAUCAUUUGAACGACUCUUCAGAAAUGAACUUCCACUGUUGUAUGAAUAUCUUCAAGAAGCUCCCAUUGAAAAGGUUUGUUGGAAAGAUGUUAUACACUGGAUGUGGCCACUAUUUUCUGAAGACUGGGGAUCAUGGAGAAGUGUUGAUUUAAAGCUGAGCCCUUGGCCUUUCACGGAUCCAGUAACUGGUCUUCCAGCAUGGCAUGAUAGGUCUUCCUCUCCCCUGCUAUUGUAUGGAUUUAGCAAAGAAGUUGUUGAAUGCCCUGGUUAUUGGCCUUCAAAUGUUCGGGCUUGUGGGUUUUGGUUUCUCCCUAUGGAGUGGCAGUUUUCAUGUAACCAGUGCAGAGAAAUUUCAACUGGAAUCCCUUCAGGGUAUUUGACCUCAAAACACGAGAUGUGUUCAGCUCACUCUGAGUUGCUGUCUUUUCUCAAGACUCCUGAGUCACUGCCACCUGUUUUUGUAGGCCUUAGUUCCGUUGGAAGCAUGGGUUUCUUAAGAAAUCCCCAAGCAUUUCUCCAGGUUCUCCAAGCUGUUGUGGAGAUGACAAGUUACAGAUUUCUUCUAAUGUCAUCUGGCUAUGAACCUUUAGAUGCUGCGAUCCAAGUGAUUGCUGCUGAAGCAUCAUCUGGUUCGGAAAGGAGAAAGGUCAGUGAUAGUGGAAUCCCUCUAUUUGGCGGCCAUCUCUUUUGCUUUUCUGGUACCAUACCAUACAACUGGCUGUUUCCAAGAUGUGUCGCUGCAAUUCAUCAUGGAGGAAGCGGGUCUACUGCUGCAGCACUACAUGCAGGAAUUCCACAGGUCUGUCUUGAGACUCUAGACUGUGUUUCUAAGUUCUUUAUCUUCACUUUGUGCAUUGUCUAAUUCUUUGUAAUUGUCUUGAUACCAAUAUGAUUCUCAUGUUGUUUACUUGUAGUUUUAUGCAGCAACCUCGAAUAAGUUGGGAGCAAAAAGAUAAUACUUUCUGGAUGUUAAGUUUGGAGGAUUAACAUAAUAUAUUAGAGACAAAAAGAAAAAG